AUGUCUGCCUACACUGUUAGCGAUUCAGAAUUCCAGCAGUUGGAGGGCAAAAUCAUUUUGGUCACUGGAGGUGCAGCCGGCAUUGGAAGAGCCAUUGUCGACCUUGCCCAUCGGUAUGGGGCAAAAGUAGCAUUCUGUGAUGUUGACGAGACUCGAGGAAAGCAAGUUCAGAAAGAGCUCGGCAACGUCGACAGCGUCUUCUUCAAAAAAUGUGACAUCUCGGACUGGAACGACCUUGUCAGCUUCUUUCAAGAUGUUCAUUCAGAGCUUGGUCCCAUUGAUACCGUCAUUUCGAAUGCAGCAAUCAACAAAAUUGAGACACUUGACGAGCCGGGCUCUGGGGCAGACUGGUAUCUUCAAAAGCCAGAUGUUUCGGUUCUCAAUGUCAACAUGGCUGGCACUUGGUACGUGACCAAAUGUGCCAUUGGUUUCUUUCGUAAGAACCCGGAAACGAGAUCUCAACUGGUUCUAUUCGGGUCCGCUGCUAGCUUCUUCGAUACACCACCCUGCUACACCUACUGUGCCAGCAAGGCGGCUGUUCUGGGUCUUAUGCGCGCUAUGCGGACUCAAUUGCCGAAGAUGAACAUUACUGUCAAUAUGAUCGCACCUUGGAUGACAGAUACGGAGAUGGUCACCGAUCAUAUCAGAAGUAUUUGGAAGGAGUUACCUGCAAAUACGCCAAAGGAUGUUGCCACAGCAAGCCUGCUACCUGCUAUGCGACCUGAAGUAAAUGGAAAGUCUUUCUUCAUUCACGGCGGGAACAUCAGUGACCUGGAGGACAAGCUUGACGAGACUCAACCUCUAUGGUUAGGAACCGACCUCGAUAAGCAGAUGAGAGAAGGGCAGCGUAGACUAAUUCCCUAG